AAACAAAGUCAUAUGUAGAUUCAAAUUAUUGUUACAAAAAAAAAUCAGUAUGGUAUCAUUCCCUAGUAAUUUUGUAGGUGAAAAAUGGUUAGGAUUUGUGACAGCAAUAUGGGUUCAAGCAAUAUGUGGAAACAAUUAUACAUUUGCAAACUAUUCAGAUGUAUUGAAGUCUCUAAUGUCUUUGACACAGAUGCAACUUAACAAUCUCUCUGUUGUGAAAGAUGUUGGUAAAGCUUUUGGUAUAUUAUCAGGUCUUGUUUCUGAUCGUUGGCCAACUUCAGUUAUUCUCAUGAUUGGAGCUAUUAUGGGAUUUAUUGGCUAUGGUGUUCAAUGGCUUGUUGUUAGCCAAAGAAUCACCCCUCUCCCUUAUUGGCUGAUGUGUGUAUUCAUGUGUAUGGGAGGAAACAGCACAACAUGGAUGAACACAGCAGUACUAGUAACUUGCAUGAGAAACUUCUCAAAAAACCGUGGUCCUAUUUCUGGCAUUCUUAAAGGCUAUGUAGGACUCAGCACAGCAAUCUUCACUGACAUAUGCACUGCUUUAUUUUCCUCAGAUCCAUCUAAGUUUCUUUUAAUGCUCACUAUUGUUCCUGCUGUCAUUUGUCUCAUUGCUUCUCUUUUCCUUCAUGAAACAAAAUCAGCUUCAACUUCUAUAGAAGAAAACCAAGAGACAAGAUUCUUCAAUGUGUUUAACUUGAUUGCAGUUACUGUAGCUGUUUAUCUCUUGGCUUUUGAUGUCACUGGACCUCAUGAACAUGUUCUUUCAUUGGUUUUCUCAAUUGGACUUCUUGUUCUGUUAGCUAUGCCACUUCUUGUUCCUUUGUAUUUGGUCAUGUUUAAAACUAGUACUACUUUUGACAGAGAAAAACAGACUCAUGAACCAUUGUUGGAAGAAAAGGUUUUAGAUGAAAAUGAAGAGAGAUCUAAGGUGGAGGAAGUUGAGACGAAACGAAAACCGAUGAUAGGCGAAGAACAUACCAUCGUUGAAAUGGCGAAAACUUUUGAUUUUUGGAUUCUGUUUGUGUCAUUUCUUUGUGGUGUUGGAACAGGACUUUGUGUGAUGAAUAAUAUGGGACAAAUGGGACUAGCACUUGGUUAUAGUGAUGUUUCUUUGUUCAUUUCUUUCAUUAGCAUUUGGGGUUUCUUUGGACGCAUUCUUUCUGGUUCACUCUCUGAAUACUAUAUUAGAAAAUCAGGCAUGCCAAGGCUAGUUUGGAAUGCUGCUGCUCAAAUUUUAAUGGUUUUUGGGUACAUUGCAUUAGCUAUGGCCUUACCAGGAUCACUAUACAUUGGUUCAAUAUUAGUAGGAAUAUGUUAUGGAGUUCGUCUAACUAUAACACCAGCAGCAGCUUCAGAACUAUUUGGUCUCAAAUACUAUGGUUUAUUAUACAACAUCCUAAUUCUCAACCUUCCUAUAGGUUCAUUCAUCUUUUCUGGUCUCAUUGCUGGUUAUCUUUAUGAUCUUGAAGCUACAAGUGUGCCAGGUGGAGGAAACACUUGUAUUGGAGCUCAUUGUUUCAGGCUUGUGUAUGUCAUUAUGGCUUUUGCUUCUGUUUUGGGGUGUGGAUUGGACUUGUUGCUUGUAGUUAGAACAAAAAAGGUAUAUUCCAAGAUACAACUAGAGAGAACUCUUGUCAAUUCUUAAGUUCAACAUUGAGAUGGUUAUGUUCUUUAAACUUUUUUUUUUUGCAUUGGCUUAGGAAAAUUUUAGGACUUUUAGGUUAGAAGAUGAUUGUCAAUAUUUGUUAUUCAAAGGAGACUCAAAUUUGAAAGAAUGUGGUGUUUUACAUUAAUGAUUUUUUUGCAAUAAUAGAUGAGUUGUUUUACAUUCUA